AUAACUCAUCCUCGGCGUUUUAGAUCAAACCGGGCAAGGACAUGACAUGACAUUCCUGUCAUCUCUACGGAGUGACCUCAGACACGUAGGAGGACCGAGCUGCUAGCUGGUGAUGAUGAUAGUUAGCCCGCAUGCUAAUGAUGGCCUCGGCGAGCAGCAUUGCCGCAGCUAUUGCGAGCAAAACGAAGACGAAGAAAAAGCACUUCGUGGCUCAGAAAGUGAAGCUCUUCCGUGCCAGCGACCCUCUGCUCAGCGUGCUUAUGUGGGGAGUCAACCAUUCGAUAAACGAGUUAAGCCAUGUUCAGAUCCCCAUCAUGCUCAUGCCAGACGACUUCAAGGCCUAUUCUAAGAUCAAAGUGGACAACCACCUCUUCAACAAGGAGAAUAUGCCCAGCCAUUUCAAGUUCAAGGAGUACUGCCCUCUGGUGUUUCGAAACCUCAGAGAGAGGUUUGGCAUAGACGACCUGGACUUUCUGAAUUCUCUGACGCGCAGUGCUCCUUUGAACAGUGAGGCCCAGGGGCGCAGCGGAGCUCGCUUCCAUACCUCCUGCGACAAACGCUACGUCAUCAAGACCAUCAGCAGCGAGGAUGUGGCCGAGAUGCACAACAUUCUGAAGAAAUACCACCAGUUCAUUGUGGAGUGCCAUGGGAACACGCUGCUGCCCCAGUUUCUAGGGAUGUACCGGCUCACCGUAGAUGGAGAUGAGACCUACAUGAUUGUUACACGCAAUGUCUUCUCUCAUCGUCUCUCCGUCUUCAAAAAAUAUGAUCUUAAGGGAUCCACUGUGGCAAGAGAGGCUAGCGACAAGGAGAAGCAGCCGCCCCCAUCAGAGGACGCGCCCCCGCGGCCCAAAUCUGGUAACGUUCAGCAAAGGCUGCAAACACUGCGGAUUGCCACGCGCUUUUACUGCGCCAUGAAACACGUAAGAGAUGCCAAGGAGCUGCCCACCUACAAGGACAAUGACUUCAUCAAUGAUGGGCAGAAGAUCCACAUUGAUGACGAGAACAAGAAAAUGUUCCUGGAGAAGCUCAGGAAAGAUGUGGAGUUCCUGGCCCAGCUGAAGCUCAUGGACUACAGUCUGCUGGUGGGAAUCCACGACGUGGAGCGGGCCGAGCAGGAAGAUGUGGAGAGCGAGGACAACGAGGCCGAGGACGAGGGAGAAAGUGACGGAGGGGGCAUCGGAACGCCCCCUGACAGUCCCAGUAACACCCUGGACAGCACCAAGCCCCUGUCACCUGGAGAGUUUGACCCCAGCAUUGAUGUCUACGCCAUCAAAAGCAAUGAGAGUGCUCCCAGGAAGGAGGUGUACUUCAUGGCUGUCAUAGACAUCCUGCAGCAUUACGACGCCAAGAAGAAAGCUGCCCACGCCGCCAAGACUGUCAAACACGGGGCCGGAGCAGAGAUCUCCACGGUGAACCCAGAGCAGUACUCGAAGAGAUUUUACGAUUUCAUCACCACUAUCCUGUCAUAGCCUCGAGGAGCGACAGGAGGCACACGGGCACAUGAGAGAGGGGGAGGGCAAGCAGGGAGGAGGGCAGGGAAGAGAGUAAAAAAAAAAACAUCCAGAGGCUGAACGAAUCAGGCGCUGUGAUGGCUUUGUGUCACCCUCACUCCUUGUUUGUCACUCCCCCUUUAGCGGGGUGCCACGCUCUGCAGCUAAACUAAAACCCAUCAUUCGUUUACAUUUAACCUCUCCAUGUUGAGUUAUGUUCAUGUGUUACAUUGGAUGAUAAGGGUGUUUAAAGCAAGUGUUCAAGUCAUUACUUUUUUUUUUUUUUUUUUUUUUUUUUUUACAUCAUAUGUUUUUGUCUGUCUUGUUUAUGUGGGAAUAUGGCUUUUUUAAUCGCCUCUAUUACAACAUCCAGCACCCUAUUUGUUUUUUGUAUGUUUGUGUUAGUCUGUUUUGAUGUUAAGGGGAGGUAGGGGGGAGGAUAUGACGCGUGCAGAACGGGGAGUACAGAUUACGACACACAUGGAGGUUCCUCUAAAAAAUAAAAAAAAAAGAGGCUCAGGCGAGACCUUAUUAGGACCUUCAUGCUGAACUUCGCCUAAUGCAAUCGCUUCGAUUCAGGAAGUAGGACGCAGUCUUCCAAUAGGCCAACUGCCAGAACCCCAUCCAAAUGCUACACAAGUACUCAGCCAAACCAAACUUCCCAUUUGAGCUCCCCCGCCGUCACUCACCCUUUAGACAUCUCCCCUUCCCCUCUUGGUCCGUCGUGUACAGUCAUUAGAUUGAGCUUCUGGGUUAUCCUCUUGCCACCGACUCGUCAAACAAAAACUGAGAUGAGUUCACUUGUCGCAGUAAAUUGUACCGCUCGUUUCCAGCACUAGUUGCACCUCAGUAGUCGUCAGUGUACUUGCAGGGACUCUGCAUAUGUCGGGCAUUGUUAGUUUGGUUUUUUGUUCCUGUGGCAGGAAAUCACAAAGAAGUCCUGUGUGGCUGCUGAUAUAUCUUUGUUAAAGGGUGUCACAUCCAAACAUCAGCAGCCCCUUGACCUUCUGUUGCCAUCAGCACCUUAUGAGUGAAAUCAAAACAAGUUGCACUUUUAUUUGUUAGUAGAGGUUAGGAGCUCUGGUUCUGUUACAUGCGCUGCAACAUAGAGGAAAGAAAGAAUUUCAUCUUUAGUGGCCGGGUAUCUAAUCCUGUCUUCUCCACUGUUUCUCACCUAUGGGUGCUUCUUACCGCUCGGAUUGGUUUGGAAGAAAUUACUGCAAUAUUAAACGAGGAGAGUGGAUGAGUUCUGUGCACAGGGCUUUUUGUAAACUAACCUUUCCAAUCCUUUCCGAGAAGCACUCUGUGGUCGUGCUGGGUUUGGUGUGACUGAGCGUUCAGGGCAGACAGAAGACUGUUUACCUCCAGCGUCAUACCAUCACACACCCAAUGAUGGCGAGUGACGUGCGUGUCAGUGUUCAUAAAGAGGGGAGAAGGAAAAGGGGGGAGGAGGGAGGCCGGGAAGAAAAGCUCCGUGUUAUAAAGUCAUUAACACGAUCGGCAUCGUUCUCUUCUCUAACCUCCGCUGUGAGUCUCUUAUUCAUUGUGUUCGUCGUGUUGUUAUUGUUGACAUUUUUUAAACGGUGGUUUAUCUGUGUUUGAAUUUGGCCGUUUUAUGCAUUGAUGUGAUUAUCUUUUUUUUUUUCUUUUUUUUUUCUGAGUUUUUUUUUGUCUAUUUUGCACAAGAGGAAAAGGAACCAAAUGUUACAAAUACGAUCCCAAUUAGUCGAUAUGGUCUUAACAAGGGAAAUGCAAUAUACGUGUAUGUAAGUGAGAAACGUUGUUGUGCGUGUGAUGUUGUGUAUCACUUCUGGAUAACCAACUAAAACAAGUCAAGUCGUCCUCGUUGACUAUUCUAACCCAUUCGAAAGCUUCCAUCACGAUGUGUUUGUUUCAAAUCUUCAGAUUAUAUUCACAUUUAUAUUUUUACAUUGGAUUUUAGUCAUGAAAUGUAGUUGUAUUUAAACAAGGAGCCACCCUUUGGAAACGACUGACGGUGCUGUGGUAAAUGAAGAAUGAUACUGCUUGAAUUUAUACUAUGCUUACUAUAGAUGUACCUAAAAGAAAAAGUCAAAAAAAAAAUGCAUGUCACAGGACUACGUUUCCUUUUCCCUCUCUAAGUGUGUGUUGUUAGCUGUUCAGGUUCUUUGUGUCCGCACACUUUAACCAGAUUUGUUAGCUGUUCGGUCGUAAACUAGUCCCUACCAUGCUUUAAAUAACUGUUUUUCAUUGUAUACACUGUGCAAGAUGUGUGCCUUUAUACUCCAAAAUUAUUUAAUUUUAUAUUUUGUAAUCUUUUUUUAAAACAAAGGUUAUUUUAAUAAUAGGGUGUUUACUUUGACAUGCAUUAUUUGUUCAACCCCUCCCCGCGUCUUCAACCCUAUUUACAUUUCUGCAGACACAUCAACAAAACUAUGAACAGACAACAGAGUUCAAUAGCUGUCUUAAAUUUAAAUAUGGUUGAUGAGCUUCAAUUCUGUCAAGUCAAAAUCCAUAAAUCUGACUAUUCCGUGUGUGCAGGCGUCCUUUUUUCGUCUGCUGAUAUUAAUCCCUUGUUCCUUCACGCUGGUCCUGCCUUUAUAAAGAACGUGCGUGCGUGUGCGUGUGUGUGUGUGUGUGUGUGAAGUGGAUCGUGGAACGUGAUUGUGUUUCGACGUGCUUCCCCCUCCACCUCAGGAGUCUGUCAGCAUCUUUAUCAUAUUAACCAAACUCCCAAAGGCGCAAUCACAUUUCAGGAAUGUGACUUGAUUUUUCAUUGUUUUGUCCCAAAAUUUCACUUCAGUGUACAGCUCCUAUUCAUUUCUGCAACACGUUUUUGUUCUCUUGCUUCCAUCUUUGUUUGUCCUGCCCAGACUGCCUGCGUGUUAUCAGGGAGGUUUUUCAGCUGAUAGAUCAUCCUGAGUCAGUGGUUAUUUGAUAUUUCUGUGUUCUUCACUAUUAAUCGGAUGUUUUGUUUCUGUUGUCAUAUAGCUCAAACUGUACAUAAGAUGUGUCAUAAAGAAAACAUCUUCCAGUAUUCUUUGCUCUGUUGGGCCCUGGAGGCUGAAGCAUAAACAAGUAGAAAACAGAGCAGUGCAUGCUGGGAGACAGAGUUUUCCUGUGUUCUGUUUUGGGAAAUAUUAACUCUGGGUCUCAUGUGAGGAAGGGCUAUAAUGAUACCAGACUUUAACAGAUGCAAAUGAAUGAAAAUAAUAACACACACGCCCUGCAGAUGUACCUUCAAAGUGAAUACGUCCUCGCUUUGGGGACUUCUCUCAUGAAUGAGCCACUUCAACAUGCGGCCACCGUUAACUUGCCAAAAGCGUCUUUCAGCAGUCAGAACUUACCCCACAUGAGCUUGAAGAACAUUGUGUAAUGUGUAAAACGUGUCUGUUUGAAACUGAAUUUGUUUUGGUGUUUGUUUUUUUUUAACAUGUAAUGGGAGAUGGAGCGUGGUAUGCAUUGCUGAUUUGUGAACAUGUCAAAAAGUGUGUUUGUUUGCUUUUUCAAGUGUUAAGGGAAAGUUGGAUUAAAAAUGCAAAUAACCAGAAGCAAUGCAAGGUCUGCCGAGAUGGGGACAAAAGAAUUUGGCCUCAAAAUAAAUUUAAAAACAUCAAUAUAUCAAUGUCACAACAAAAAAAAUUAUAUAUAUAUAAUAUACUGUAUAUAUAUAAUUGUCUUUAAGACCUCUUCUAAAAGACUAAUGCAUUGGUUAAAGUGAGUGUGCGUGCGUGCGUGCGUGUGUGCGUGUGCGUGUGUGUGUGUGUGCGUGCGUGCGUGUAGCUGUCUGACAAUGGUUGAUGGGAGUUCCCUUUCAGUGGCAGAGAGGCCAAAAUGUUGAUGUAUGUGUAUUGGUCUUCACAUUUACUGAUGAUGAUAAUAAUAAUACACUCCAUUCCAUAAGCGUCACUCAAAACAAUUAAAGCACUUGUUCUGCUGAA